AUGCGAGAUACUACAAGAUACCUUCCCGCACUCACUUACUCACUCUUUCCUCUUUCACGAGCUCACCCGUACCGGUUGCUUUUGCUUACAAUCUUACAAUACCACAACCACGUUAUCAACUCUUUACUUUUGCCACUACAAUUAAAUUUAAGUCAGCUGACAUUUAAAAAAUUUGGAGCGCAUGUAUUUGAAAACUCCAAAGUCGGAUUGAGACUACGGCUUCUUGAGAGUUGUUGCGCUGCAGUUCGCGAUGGAGAACGGGCUUGGAAGAACCACUUGGAAGGAACGGCUGGACAUUUAGCGUCGCCACCACCGUGCCGUCUUCGCGGUACUACCACCGCUUAUUGUAUUACAUUCAUACACACGACGUGCCAAGUAAAAGUCUCUAAGUGGUCGCGACAAUUACGGUUCUUCAACAUUGAAAUUCUCCGAAGGCAUGAGCUUGACGCGUUCAUUGGACUUCUGGCGCAUCAAAAUAAAUGGCAAUUCCGCGCAGAGUUCACCUCCGAGAGCCCCCAAGUACAGCUUGACCUUGACAGCAUAAGACACAAUUAUUCCAAAAGAAUCCCUGACAUCAGGAGUGGUAAUAAGAGUGCUGGAAGCCAGCUCAUCUUCUUCUCUUUUAAGUCUUCCAUCAAGCGCAAUUCCCCUUCUGUGUUUAUUAUUCUCCAACUCUGGUUUCAGAUAUAUCACCUUCUGCAGAGUGGACCCAGGACUGAUGGGACAUCCGUCUUGCAUCUCAAUAGCAUCAAUCACAGUUCUAAACUGGCCAUUUUGGAAGAUGACCACAUCAAUGCCCUGCUGGACCAGAGCUUUGAUCUUCUUAACAACCUUAUUGCUGUUAUUUCUGACGGAAAUAUUGACAGCGAUGCUCUCGCCGUGGUGACAAAUAGUACUUCUUUUAUGAUUUACAUCAGUUUCAUUUUCCCCUGCAAAUAUUUUGACGUAAUAACUGACCCCGCAAGGCUCUCCGGACUCUCCAGAUCCCUGCUGGAGAGUCACGCUUGCUGGAGAACAUUGUGGGAAGGCCCAUUACUUCGUCUUCCUCGCGGCCGUACCGAAAAUUGCACACCAGCUGGCCCCAUAUUCGGCGACCGCUGUUCACGUAGUCCUGGUCGACCAACAGAACGCCGUCUAUCGGCUCAGUUCCUGAUAGGUAGUCUAUAA